AUGGGAGAUUGUGUUGAGCGUGCGGAAAACAGCAGCAACCGUAAGUCACCGUCGUCGCCACUGAUCGCCGGAGUGCCCACGGGUCGUAAGGUUCGAACCGCCGCAACACGCGCCACCGAGUGCCCACUGUGCUGGAAGCUUCCGCGGCGAGAGUCAACCCACUGCCCGAACUGUGCUCGCCAGUACUGCCUCCAGUGUAUCGAACAGUGGUUCGGCUCCCAGCUCGCCGGGAAUCCGGGAAAGCCGGGUGCGAUCGUGCACUGCCCGAGCUGUCAGUUCCCGUUGUCGCCGGAUAACCUGAUCGAGUGUGCGGCAGAUCUGGACAACGGGCUCACGGUCACAAACGGGCAUGAUACGGGGCCGGACACACCCGUCCCCGAAACAGGUACGCUGCGGGUCGUUGUGAAGGUGCUCGAAGGUGGCGUGGAUGCGCGGACCAACGGAGAGUGCCCGCCGGGAACGGGCGACGAAUCCACCGCCAACAACAGCGGAGGCACGCGGGGUCGCCGGCUAACCCGGGUAACGGCGAAUGGUUGUGGCCCGGAGAAGAUGCUACUACACGGACCCGUCAACGGCAAACAGCAUGGCGGCGGCAAACGCAAGGACCACGGAACGGUCACCCGAGCGCCGACGGUGCUACCGAACGGUGGGGCCAGGUCGCCUGAAAAGUCCCUGGUGGGGCAGAAGAAAAAGGAACACACCCCGAUGGAGAACGGACGGCUCGAGCAGUCUCCCGGUCCACCGGCCCCUGAUCCGAUCUGCAAUGGCGUUCACUUGGAGGACGAUCCACCGGAACCGGUUGUUGCGUGUGUGAACGGUCCGAUCGACGGAUCGAACCGACAGUGUAACGGCAAGGAACCACAGCUCGAAGAACUAAAACCCUCGCCGCGAAAGAAUGGCUACCGCAAGCACGCGGACGAAGUGACAGCUGUCAGUUCCGAGCAGAGCGCACUGUCAACAACGACGGGGGCCGAAAACACGGACCCCCCAACAGAAGCAGCUCCAAAACAGAACGGCGCGCCGGUGGACACCGGGAAUGGAGACAACUUCUGUGCGAUCCACGCACUGCCGGUGCUGUUCUUUUGCCUGUCCUGCAACGGGUGUAUCUGCGAGACGUGUGCCCUCCACGAUGACACGCACGCGGAGCAUACGUUCAAGAAGAUCACCACCAUGUACGACAGCAAGAUGGAGAAGAUACGGCACGAGUUCGGGGGCAUCCAGACGUACCUGGCCGACGUCGGCACGGUGCUGCGGGCGAUCGAGCAGAACAUCGACUGGGUCCGCGGCUCGAAGGCCCGCAAGCUGCAGGAACUGAGCCAGCUGCUGCACACCGAGGCCGAGAACAUCGAGCGCCAGAUACAGGCCAAGCUGACGCUGCUCCAGCGCCAGAAGGACUCGGUCACGUCGGAGAUCGCGCGCGUCACCGGGGCGUACCGGCGGCUGGAGAGCGAGCUCCAGUCCUGUCCGAAGCCGGAGCUGCUCUUCAAGGACGACGAUUUUCUGCGGCGCUGCAGCCGGCUGAUCGAGCUGCCGGCCUCGAAGUCUGCGUUCCGCCACGAGCAUGUUCCCGUCGACUUGGACUGCGAGUUCGUUCCGGAGUUCCGCUCGGAGGUGUUUGUGGUGAAGAACUAUCACGCGAUCGAGCCGAUGGAGGAGUGCCGGACGUCGGAUGUGCUGCGCGACGUGGUCGGCUUCAGCUGGCGGUUGCAUAUCUGGAAAAGUGAUCACCUGUCGGUGACGCUCAUAAUGACCGAUGGCAUCAAUGGACGGUACGAGUACUGCAUCGAGCUGAUGCACGAAGAUCCGACCAAAGCCAUCCGACUGACGCAGGUCGAACACUUCGAGCUACACCAGACCGGCCCGGUGCACGAUCUGAUCGAGAACGAGCAGCUGGAGGUGGAGCGUUUCCUGAACGCCGAGGACGACUCGCUGCAGAUCCGGUUUUCGGUCCGCCCGCCCACGAUCGUCAUGGUCAGCCGUUACCUGCAGGAGUUUAUCGACCGGUUCAUGAAGCACAACAUCAACGAAUACGACAGUAACGUCAUCACGAUCGGCAACAUUCGCGACCCGACCACGUCGAUCGUGCUGUCGAAGCAGUACACCGACACGGUCGGAUCGCGCUGGCGGCUCAACGUGUAUCCGAAAGGCAACAACACCAACCAACGGUACCUCAGCACGUACGUCGAGCUGUGCGACGGUAUCGCCGGAAGAUAUCACUACACGGUGGAGCUCCUGCACGAUGACGUAACGCGCCAGGUAAAGUUCCAAUCGGAGGACCACUUCCAGGUGGGCGAAAUUCGCGGCUACCAGAAGUUCAUCCACGUGCGACGACUGCUGGAGGAGGGCUACCUGAGUGAGGAUGGGUCCAUACUGAUACGGCUCUCGAUCCGACCAGCGACGCUCGCCCUGCGCUGCCAGUACCAGGAGGAGUACCAGACGGUCAAAGAGGAGAAGCUACGCACUCAGUUCACGGGUCAACUGAGCCAACAGCAGGCACGGAUAAAGAGCCUCACCGAUGACAGUGUGGCGCUGCAAGCCCUCUCGUAUCCCGAGUACGCGUCCAACAUCUUCGUCGUGCGCAACUUUGCCGAACUCCGGGCGGCCCAGGAAGACAUCUGUUCGGACAACGCGUACGACGAUCUGGGUUGCUGCUGGCGGCUGAUCGUGUACGCCAACGGGGACAAGGAUGGGCGCGACGAGUGGCUGAGCGUGUACCUGAGACUGCUAGAAGGCAUUCCGGGAAGUUACGAGUACUGCGUGGAACUGCUGCACAACGAUGCUGCCAAAACGGUCAAAAUGGAGGGCACACAGUCGUUCGACAUUCAGGAGCGGUUCGGCUGGACCCGGUUCGCGCGGCUCGACUGGAUCUGCGCCAACGGCUUCGCCAGCGAGGAGCACGACGCGCUGUACUUUAGGUUCUCCCUGCGACCCCCGAACUACAAGGCCAAGUGCGAGUACCAGCAGCUCCUGCGGGUGGAAUCGAAGCGAGAGUGUGAGCUACUCAGACGAGAACUGAUUCCGGCGUACAGCACGAUGACGUACACGCUGCGCAACUUCUCCGAAUUGCAGCGGAAGGAUAGCUUCAUCUACUCGGACCCACUAGUAGACGAUCUGGGCUUCACGUGGCGGCUACUGAUCUACCCGAACGGAAACGGCGAGGGCCGCGGGAAUCACCUGACGGUCUACCUGAUACUGUUCGAGGGAGUGUCCGCCAGCAGGUUCGAGUACCGCGUGGAGCUGUUGCACCACGGCAACCCGACCGCCAACAUCAAGAUGGAGGGUGUGAACGUGUUCAAGCUGAAGAAAAUCUGGGGCUGGCCACAGUUCAUCCACCACGAGCGGUUGCAGGAGGAGGGCUACCUGGACCAGGCGGCCGACACCCUCGAGCUGCGGCUGUCGAUGUGCCCUCCGGACAUCAAGCUGAAGUGCGCGUACCAGCAAGAGUUUAUUCGCAAGCUCAAGGAAACCCAAAAGUAG